AUGAACGAGGAGCCCGACGAAGCGUUGACGCCCGCCGUGGGUACCCGCGAGCACCGCCAGGACUUUGUACCGCGCCGUCCCACGCGCAGCAUGAUGCAGCGAAGCGCCGUGUCGAGCAAAGCAGCCGAGGGCCUGCAACACCUUCUGGAGGCCAGCACCACGGACAGCGAAGUCUCCAUAUUUCAUGCCCCAGCUUCCAGCACCCACAAGCUGGCUCGGCAAAAGCAAGCCGCCAUGCAUGAACAACUUGUGGAACUCUUGAACCUGCCCGCCGGCAUCGCCGAUGACUUGUCGAUGGUGGUGUCCGUCCCGAAGCUGCCCCAGGUGCUUCAUGCCGUGGCCAAUUGUCUUUAUCACACAGACGCGGAAACGUGCGCCAUUCAUCAGCAUCGUGGCCGGCUAGGAUCAUCGUGGCCUAUGCUUCAUCUUUCAAACCUCUCGCCCGACAUCAUGCAGGGCGAAGAUGCCACGAUCAACGAGCGCACUGGCUUUGUUGUUUGCAAACAGCACUUCCCCACCAUCACGUGCGACACAGCCGUGGCCACGGGCCAGUGGAUGUUUGAAGUCACCAUCCUGACGGCGGGCGUCAUCCAGAUCGGCUGGGCCCUACCUGGGAGCGAAUACACAGUUACAACCGGCGUCGGAGACAAUCGCGAACAUGUGCUUGCUGGUAAGGCACGUGGACAAGAUGACGCUGUGGACAAGAUCAGCGCGCUGCGUGCAGCCUGCGAUGUGGCAGUGGUGCAGUCUUGGAUGCAGCUGGUCGCCAAACAUGCAUCUGCUGCUGCGAGUCUCGUUCCGCGCUUGCUUGCCACCUCCGACGUGCAUGGUCUUUGGCGACACCUCGUCCGUGACCUCUGCGUAAACUCGCAACACCGCCUGCUCGAGGUGGUCCUUCGCGAGCUGAGCUUGCAGUGUCCAGCCUUUUUGGAUUGGGAGGAAAAUAAACUGCAGUAUCUUCACGUGGUGCUCGCCCUCUUUGAGCUCGAGCCCGAGGUGACGCGCGCGUGGCUGCUGCGUGACGAGCACGCGCCCUUCUUCUUCAUCUGCAAGCUUUCCACGGGCAUUGAGUACGAGGAUGUUCUGGGUGAGCCCUGGGAUCCCACAAGCUCUGUGGCGGCCAGUGAACUCUACCAGGCACGCAUCGAGGCACUUCAUGUUCGCAUCAACCAAGCGCAUGAGCUUCGUACUACGCUUCUGACCAAGGUCAUCGAGCAGGCCUCCACCAACGCGCUGCUUCGCCCCAUGUUGACGCAGUGGCUUGGGCAGUUGCAGCGCGGCCGUCACCCUGCAAGUGUUGGAGUUCUGAUGGCGCUUGCGGGCUAUCUGGAGAACAACGGACUUGCCAAACCGGCACAAUGGGUGGAGGCAAACCUGCCCGACGGCAUAUUUGUCAAUCACGAUCCAUCUGGCAUCCCCGUGACCCGCGUGGGCGGGCGCCCGGGAAGCAUUCUCACCGACCUCAACCAGGAGGUGGCUGAAGGCCAGCGCGCUAGCCUACCGGAUGGCGUUGCUCCAUCUUUUGCAGCUGAGCUGUGGGAGCACAUGGUGCGGCUUUUCAGCACAGCCAUGCCCGUCCUCCUGCGGCCCUUCAAAACCCUCAACGUUGAAGUGACCAUCGCCAUCGAGACGGUGCAGGCCGCAGCGCGCCUGGCCGCAGAGCAUCCAGACUCGCAGAUGCAACAGAAUGCCCUGCAGAAGCAGAUUAGCCAUUGUCGCAAGACGGUGGGGCGGGCUGUAGUUGGUAGCUUGGCCUUAUUGGGCAACUGGCGGCGUUCCCGCCUCCAGCGCGUCCUGCACGGUCUGGGCGUGGUAAUAUCACGGGUCUGCGCGAAAAAGCUGCAUCGUCUUUUGCCCCUCUACUACGUUGAGGCCCUCAUGGAACUACUCACGGGGCUGCAUUCAGAGCCUGUCCUCCUAACCGACGCUGACGCAUUUGUACCUUACAUGAUCCGCAACAAUCAAAUCGACGCCCUUUUGCAUGGCGCGCGUGCGCUCUUCGAGCUGACGGUGGCGGGCGCGGUCCCGCAACCCGACUUGCACACCAUGCUUGUCAACCACGUCCGCCAUCUUAUGGGCCAGCCGCGCUACGUGGAUGCGUUUGGAACGGACAAGGCUACUCAGACGACACUCCUGCGGGCUGUCAUGAGCCAUUUCGAGGGCAACUCGUGGGUAUCAUCCACGGAAAUUCUGCAGCGCAUCUUUGGGCACGAUACUUUUGCUUAUGACGUUUGUCAGCAAAUGGUAACGCUGCCCUCGCAUGAGACACCAUUUGACACGACCUCACCUGCUUUGCAGCACACGCUUGGCGAGGUGUUGCGCGGGGAGGUGUCCAUGGUCGAGACCGAGUUUACGGCCAAGUUUCUCAAUCACUUUCUCAAUCAAGCCAAUUGGACGCUGGCCGAGUUUUACCAAAUGGCCGAGGACCUUCGAACCCAGGCAGAUCCGCAGGCUCACAACCGAGAGCAGCAGCAGCAGGAUGGCAAGUUUCGACGUUGCGUGCUGCUGUAUGAGUUGCUCAUGGCGCUGCUGCGCACCAUGGAGGGAAUGUGCCGGGUCUGUCCAAGCAUCUGCACAGCAUCCACACCCUCGGCCCGCACAACGCAGAUUCGUGUUCUUGAGAUUGCAUUACACAUCUUGGAUCGGGCCCUAAACACGCAUCACCAUGAGUUCUUGACCAGCAAACUGCUCACCAACACGUGCAUUCGGGAGCCAUUGGUGUGCGCCGUUACGGGCGCCUUGAUGUCCUUAGCCGAGGCCUCACCGGACACGGUCACGGCCACGGCACAGAGUCCCCAACUUUCACCAGAGCUGAUGACGCAGCUGGAGCAAUUUUACACCGAGUUUGCCGAGCGCCUGGACGCGGGCAGCGGUGAGCGUCUGGCCACCUACCUCAGCGCGCUGCGUCGUAAGCACCUGCAACACUGUCAAGAGCAGCAGCGGAUCCAACGCGAGCGCCAGGAAAGUGGACUCUUAUCGUCAGAUGAUGACGACGAGGACCUGUGCCCCAUUUGCUACGCGACACCACAAGAGGUCACCUUUGAACCCUGUGGGCAUCGAUCAUGCGAGAUGUGCAUUCAGCGCCAUCUCUUGAACAGCACCAAGUGUUUCUUCUGUAACGAGCCCGUCAAAUCCGCCCGUGCCAUGUUGGAGCAAGACUAUGGCGAGCGCACCUGGAACGAGCUUCUGGACCGGCAAGACCUGCCCGGUCGAGUACAGCUGUCACUCGUUCCAGUCGAGCAGAUUGCGGGGCGGCGCAUCCCUGAACUGCUGCCACCAGCUGCGCUCCCGAUGGGCAACGUUGGCACACCCGUCUCUCUGAUCAAACAAGCCAUCCGCGAGUCCCGCAUGCCACCCUCCCUGCUACGCCAGCUUCGCCUGGACUUUACACGCACCAAGGCACGCAAAUUUGGCUCAGUCCCUCCACCGGUCGGCCGGGGGUUAACCACUAGUCGCACGGCCGCUGCGCCACCGCCCGUGCCUGCCAGCACGUCUGCCACUGCAUCUGCUCCACCCGGCGCUGCUCCUGUGGUCGUCAACCCGGGGCAAACAGCCCGAUCGCAUUUGAAGAAGCAACUACGCGUUUUAGCUGGAUUGGCGCAGUCUCAGAAACGCGAUAUAGAUGGCGUUCAUGACGAGCACUUGGCAGCUGCGACGCAACAGACUUUGCGGGAAGCCAAUCGCUUUGACGGUCCUGACGUUACUGACCGACACAUGGAGGAGUGGGAUCGGCACAUGGCAAUACAUCCAGAGACGGCACGCGAGCGCGAUAAGGAGCGCUUGUUUGAGCAAGAUGUCUCAAACCCCUGGGACAAGGCCGGCGCUGAUGCCUUGGUCUGGCACAACGAUGCCUAUUACUGGGACAAGAUGAAGGGAGACUUUGAGGAGGAAACUGCCGAUGAUUACGAGUAUGUGUUGAUGAUGUUCUGUAGGUGUGGACAGGAAUAG